UACAUAUGGGAGGGCGUAAACCAAUUUAUAGCUCGAAAUUAACUCAUAUUAAAAUAUCAGACUACCGGCUUUCAAAUAGAAAAAUCAAAAACAUUGUACGCAGGUUCCAAAAUAUAAUUCAUUUAGAUUUUGAAGGAAAUAUGGAAUCUGAGUCUGUUGGGAAAAAAAUUGAUAAAGGUCUAACUGCAAUCGCAGAUUUAUGUCAUAAAUUAGAAUGUCUAAAUAUUUCUAAUCGCACAGACUAUUGUAAAAUUACUGAUAUAACUAUCAAAGAAAUUGCUAAAUCAAGUCUUAAUUUAAAAUAUCUAAAUCUGGAAGGGUGUGAUAAUAUUAGUAAAGAAGCCAUAGAUCAGCUAAAUCCAAAUAUCCAU